AUGGCCAAGACAAGCAGUAGUUUUUGUCUGGUGCCGAUUCUCUGCCAGUUUUUGGGCCUUCAAGCCGCUCUGCUGGACUCGUUGGUGGCCGAAAGCAAAAUAUACUAUCUGAAUUCAGCUGGCGAUGUGCUCCUGCAGAAUGUGGACGUGCUGGAGAGCGUGGCAUCUGUCAAGCUGAUCGUUCAUGGUUAUCUGGGAUCACGCACUCACAGCUCUAUUAUGCCGCUGCGAAAUGCUUACACAGCCCAGGGCUAUGAGAAUAUCCUGGUGGCUGACUGGGGACCAGCGGCCAAUUUGGAUUAUGCCACCUCACGUUUGGCUGUGCAGAAAGUGGCUCGGGUUCUGGCGAAUUCGUUGCAGGAAUUCCUCCAGCGACAUGGCAUUAAUUUUGACAGCGUCCAUGUCAUAGGUCACAGUUUGGGAGCACAUGUCGCUGGUCGCAUUGGGCGGUAUUUCAAUGGAACUUUGAGCAGAGUUACAGGAUUAGAUCCGGCACUUCCUCUAUUUUCAAGUCGGUCAGAUGACAGCUUGCACCCGAAUGCGGCUCAGUUUGUGGAUGUUAUCCACACGGAUUACCCUCUGUUCGGCGAUAUAAGACCUCGGGGAAACGUCGACUUUUAUCCCAACUUCGGCCAGGCUCCACAGCCAGGAUGCGAAAAUGUGGAUUUCAUCGCAGCCAGUAAGCUACUGCAUGAGGCUUACAGCUGCAGCCACAACAGGGCGGUCUUGUUUUACGCAGAAUCCAUUGGAAUGAAGCGCAAUUUUCCAGCAAUUUCCUGCAGUCUGAGUGCCAUUAAAAGUCGGCAUGUUGACAAUUGCUUCAAGGAUAAAUCGCAGUCAAAUAAAAUUGGACUUGGAGACGAGGAUCAAACCGUUUUUAUGGGCGAACAUGUCAAUCGAAGCGCCACCUUGUAUUUUUACUUGGCAACCAAUGGAGCGCCACCGUACGGACAAGGCAGGAACUCACGUUUUAAUUGAACUUUUAAGAUCGAACAGCAGGGGCGACAGCCAUUAGUGUAAACAAGUAUUUGUAAGAAAUAAAUGACAAUAAUGUUUUAAUAUUUAAGAACA